CGGUGCCGGGCCGGCCGGCGGGGGGUGAGGGGCGGCGGGAGCCGCUCCUUGGCGGCCGCCGGGGCCCUGCGGAGCUGCCCUGCGCUCCCCGCUCCCCGCCCAGCCGGGUAUUGUUCCCAGCCCGGCUCCACCGGGGAAGUUUUGCCCUCGUCCCGGCCGCGCUCCCCGCCGGGGCGGGGGCCGCUUUGUCGCCACCUCCCCCGGCGUGCGGCGGCCGGCGGAGGGGGGCCGGAGGAGGAGGUGUGCGUGGGGGGGGGGGGGGGGGGGGCGGUGAGGCUCAACAUGAUGGCGGCUGAGGCCGGGGUUGAGGAGGGCGGCUCGGUUACCUCAGCCGGGACGGCAGGAGCCACCGCCAGCGCGGAGCCGGGGCACUACCCCGCCGUCUGCCGCGGGAAGGGUCUGGGCUUUCAGGGCUCCUUCCCGGCCGGUUCCGGAGGCGGCAGUCCGGCUUUGUGUUCGGUGCUGGGGCACCUGGAGCUGGGCGCGGGGCCUGCCCCUUCGGCGGCCGGCCCGGGGCAGGGAGCGGAGGCGGCUCGGGCGACCGAUCCCGGCACAGCCGCUGCCGCCGCCUUCCCCCCGCUGCCGCCGCCGCCCCCCUCCUCGGCUGGGGGUCUGGGGACUGUGGAUGAAGGCGACUCGCUGGACGGGCCGGAGUACGAAGAGGAGGAGGUGGCCAUCCCGCUCAACGCGCCCCCCACCAACCAGUGGUAUCAUGGAAAACUUGACAGAACAAUUGCAGAAGAACGUCUUCGACAAGCAGGAAAACCUGGAAGUUACCUUAUUCGAGAGAGUGAUCGGAGACCAGGUUCAUUUGUGCUUUCAUUCCUUAGUAAAACAAAUGUCAAUCAUUUUAGGAUUAUUGCCAUGUGUGGAGACUAUUACAUUGGUGGACGUCGUUUUGCUUCACUCUCAGACCUAAUUGGUUAUUACAGUCAUGUGUCCUGUUUGCUGAAAGGGGAAAAGCUCUUAUUUCCAGUAGCACCUCCAGAGCCUGUGGAGGACAGAAGGAGAGUUCGAGCAAUUCUGCCAUACACCAAAGUGCCAGAAACUGAUGAAAUAAGUUUCCUUAAAGGAGACAUGUUUAUUGUCCAUAAUGAGUUGGAGGAUGGCUGGAUGUGGGUUACAAACCUACGGACUGAUGAGCAAGGUCUUAUUGUAGAAGAUCUGGUAGAAGAAGUGGGAAGAGAAGAAGAUCCACAUGAAGGCAAAAUAUGGUUCCAUGGGAAGAUCUCCAAACAAGAGGCUUACAAUUUGCUGAUGACAGUUGGUCAGGUGUGCAGUUUUCUUGUGAGGCCUUCAGAUAACACACCUGGUGAUUAUUCACUUUAUUUUCGGACCAGUGAAAAUAUUCAGCGUUUUAAAAUAUGUCCAACAUCAAACAAUCAGUUUAUGAUGGGAGGCAGAUAUUAUAAUAGUAUUGCUGACAUCAUUGAGCACUAUAGAAAAGAACAGAUUGUUGAAGGAUAUUACCUUAAAGAUCCUGUUCCAAUGCAGCACCAAGAACAAGUGCUUAAUGAUACAGUGGAUGGAAAAGAAAUCUACAAUACAAUCCGUCGGAAAACAAAGGAUGCUUUUUAUAAAAACAUUGUCAAAAAAGGUUAUCUUCUGAAAAAAAGUAAAGGAAAGAGAUGGAAAAACUUGUACUUUAUAUUAGAGGGAAAUGAUGCCCAGCUUAUUUAUUUUGAAAGUGAAAAACGAGCCACAAAACCCAAAGGACUAAUAGACCUUAGUGUGUGUUCCGUCUAUGGAGUACAUGACAGUUUGUUUGGCAGGCCAAACUGUUUUCAGAUAGUAGUUCAGCACUUUAGUGAAGAGCAUUACAUCUUUUACUUUGCAGGCGAGACUCCAGAACAAGCACAGGACUGGAUGAAAGCUCUGCAGAUGUUUUGCAGUUUAAGAAAAACCAGUCCAGGAACAUCAAAUAAACGUCUACGUCAGGUCAGCAGUCUUAUUUUGCAUGUAGAAGAAGCUCAUACACUCCCAGUAAAGCAUUUUACUAAUCCGUAUUGUAACAUCUACCUGAACAGUGUCCAGGUAGCAAAAACACACAUCAGGGAAGGACAGAACCCUGUGUGGUCAGAAGAAUUUGUCUUUGAUGAUCUUUCAUCUGAUAUUAAUAGAUUUGAGAUAAGUCUUAGUAACAAAACAAAGAAAAGUAAAGAUCCAGAUAUAUUGUUUAUGCGUUGCCAAUUAAGCCGAUUACAAAAAGGAUAUGCAACAGAUGAGUGGUUUCAACUCAGUUCCAAUGUACCAUUAAAGGGUAUUGAGCCAGGAUCUUUGCGUGUUCGAGCACGAUAUUCUAUGGAGAAGAUUAUGCCAGAAGAGGAGUACAGUGAGUUUAAAGAGCUUAUACUCCAGAAAGAACUUCAUGUAGUCUAUGCCUUGUCACAUGUUUGUGGACAGGAUAGAACACUGCUGGCUGGGAUUUUAUUGAAGAUUUUUCUUCAUGAAAAGCUUGAGUCCCUGUUGUUAAGAACACUAAAUGACAGGGAGAUAAGCAUGGAAGAUGAAGCUACUACCUUGUUUCGUGCCACCACUUUAGCAAGUACACUGAUGGAGCAGUAUAUGAAAGCCACAGCGACAAGCUUUGUUCACCACGCACUGAAAGACUCUAUAUUAAAGAUAAUGGAGAGCAAGCAGUCCUGUGAGUUAAAUCCCUCAAAGUUAGAAAAAAAUGAAGAUGUGAACACUAAUUUGGCACAUCUACUCAGUAUACUUUCAGAAUUGGUGGAGAAAAUAUUCAUGGCUGCAGAGAUACUGCCUCCGACACUGAGGUAUAUUUAUGGGUGCCUACAGAAGUCUGUUCAAAACAAGUGGCCAGCUAAUACCACCAUGAGAACGAGAGUUGUUAGUGGCUUUGUUUUUCUUCGACUGAUUUGUCCUGCUAUCCUGAACCCAAGGAUGUUUAAUAUCAUCUCAGAUUCUCCUUCCCCCACUGCUGCAAGAACGCUGACGCUGGUCGCCAAGUCUGUGCAGAAUUUAGCAAAUCUGGUUGAAUUUGGAGCUAAGGAGCCAUAUAUGGAAGGGGUAAACCCAUUCAUCAAGAGCAACAAACAUCGCAUGAUCAUGUUCUUGGAUGAACUUGGGAAUGUUCCAGAGCUCCCAGACACUACAGAGCACUCUAGAACUGACCUGUCUCGGGAUCUGGCGGCCUUGCAUGAGAUCUGUGUGGCACACUCAGCUGAACUCCGGACGCUCAGCAACGAGCGAGGUGUAAUGCAGCAUGUCCUCAAGAAGCUUUUGGCUAUUACUGAACUGCUUCAACAGAAACAAAAUCAGUAUUCAGUGUCUAAUAACAUCAGGUAGCAGCCCUGCACCUGAAUUCUGCAUGGAUCCAGCAUGCCCAAAAUGGCAACUCACACCAGUAUCACUUUCUUCUUGCUCUUGCCAAAAAUAGCACACCCUGUCACAUUCCCAGUGAUGUGUGAACUAUGCAAAAAGAAAACAAAGAUUCUGUUGGUGAAUGAUUGUACCAGCAGCUUUUUAAGCUAUCUGUGCAGGACACUUGCACUUUUUUCCACUUGGAAACAGUUUUCACAACCUCUGAGCCUUGGUGUACAGUUCACCUUCCGCAAAGAAAAUGCUGUGACUGUGUCUUGAACUUUGAAAAUUAUUUUCAGCACCUCUGAUUGCCAAAGUUUUGCUAUCUUGUUGGAAAAGAAUUAUCAACUGACAUGAGAAGAAAUGUGUUGUUUUGACAGCCACAUAUAACUGGAUAACAUUUCUUACUGUAAUUUCUGACUGGUUACAAUAAUUAUGACUUUUGACUGUUUCAACCACUUUAACUUGUAUUUACAGUUUCCAGAAUUUGAUGUUAUGGUAGGAACAAUCUUUACUGUACACUUUUUAUACCAUGCUGUUUCUCUUGCUGGAAUCAUGUUGAAAGAGAAUAUGCAGAAUGGGUCCUGUCAGCUUUAUUUUUUGAUGUGCCACUGAUUCAGUCUGAAUAGUUCGUCCAUCAAGAACUGUAUAUCCAGAUAAAUCACAAUGCUUUUGUAAAAUGUUUACAACAGCAAAUAAUUUGAAUUCAGUAAAUUUAUUGAUCAUUGUAUCAGACAUGCAUGCAUUCAUUAAACCAUUUUAUAAAAUAUGUAUUGGUUGGUCUUUUGUGCACUGUAAGUCUAGCAUAGAUAUUAUUUUUAUAAGUGAAAAAUAAGUUUUUAAAAUAAAUCAAGCUGCAGAUCAACUCUUCAUGGAAACUGGCUAAGUUUGGCUGCUUUGGAAAUCUUUUACAGUGUAUGCGCACAUGGUGUACUUUGAAAUGUUCAUGCAGUGUCACUUUUUUAGCAUGAAUCCUCAGAAGAGCAUUACCUUGUCCAUAUGCCUUAAUUUGUAGGUAUCUCAUGGGGUGAGAAAGUAGAUGUUAAAACUUUAAAAAAAAAAAAAUAAAAUACACAGUUGAUUCAGAGGGUAUUGCAGCAUCACCAUUUCUAGGCAGUGAUCUAGUAAGGAAUAGAAGGAAGCUGAGGUUCGCUGACAAGACUAAUGAGGUGAUAAUGACAUAAACGACUGUGUAAUGCGAACAUUAGAACAACUGCACUGCAGUUCCUGCCUUUCAGAACUGCAUGUUCCAUUCACUGCCACGCUAAAUGAUGUAGGCUUUGUCUUUGGGUCUCUGCUGCAAUCCUAGCGCGUGUCUUCCAGGCCUGCAGUUGCCCUGUGCCUCUCCAGCCGGGGCAACUUCAUGCAAGGUGGGUGCCCAGCGCUGCAGCUGAGCUCCCAGGCACGACACAUUUGGUCGGCAGAGGCGAUGCUCUUCGUACAGCCCAGUGAAGACGUACCCAUCUGCAAGACCUCGGUACUACCGAAUUAUCUUUUCACUCAUCCCAUAAAACCGCUGCUUGACCUAUUGCUCUGAAGCCUGUGUUGUCAAACCACUGCCAAACUGCAUCUCGGGGGGAAAAGGUAAUUUAAGAAUCUUUUUUUCCUGCCCUACUCAGUUCUCGCUCUGUAUAGCAUUAGGUCGCUCAUGUCACGAUCCCAGUUUGUAACGUUUUUGUGUGUGAUGAAUGCUCUGUUUUUAUCCUCCAGCCAGCUCACAACCUCAGUACAUGACUUAACACAGUUUAAGUCACACCUCCUUCACUUGAUGAUGACAGCGGUGUGUAAAUGGUGUCAGGCUUUCUGGAGUGAAGUUGUGAUUGAGAGCUGCUUUUCUUCCCUGACUAGCCACCUGAUGGCCCUGGUACAGAAGGACUUGUCAAAACCAGGGUGGAUCAAGUGGGUUAUUUUGCAGAUUUAGUUGGCUGGGUGUAGGUAGUGUAACAUGGUAAAAAUACAAACUUUGGAGGACAGAUUUGGCUGGCUAUGUCCCUAUUACAUACAGCGAUGAGAUUGAAACUAAGGAGCUCCUGAAGUGGCAUUUGGGUGUGCGUAUUGUAGAACUGUUUAUGUUCUAAAACCGUACAUGAAAAGGAAACAGACUUUGCUCUAGAUUUGGAAAACACCUAACUACUUAUGAAGACAUUAAAAAAUACUAUUCUCAGUUGCCCCCAGGUUCGUCACGGCAAACUAAUCUGAGAUCACAGCUGCUGAGUCACAAAGUUGUGAUUAUUACUUUCCAUGUGGUAAAAUACAUUGCUGCAGCCUCUUGGUAGCUUGGAGAACAGCUUUCCAAACGCACCAAGUGUUACGGGCAUGGCUGUAUCCUUUUAGCUGCUUCAGUGACAAGCUUGGGAAGAGGGGAGCACAUCCCGCUCUGAAGCACAAAUGUGGCUGUCAGCAGAUCUGUCCCUUCCUUGCAUUUAUCCUGUUCAAUAAAUGCCCAAUCUGACACGAGCUACUGCCACGCUGCGAUCCUACGCGUCAGUCACAUCUCAAACUGCUCCUGGACCAAAGCUCUUCCCUGCGUGACAGAUUUCUCAAGGCAAACAUUUCUUUCUAAUGCUUGCCCUUCAGUAGAUGAGGGGGUUAAGGGGGUUAAACGGAACUAUAACUAAUUGUUUUAGUGAAGUCAAAUGCUUUAUUACAAAGAUACUAGCGACAGAAUAAAUACCUCAUGCCACAGUGUAAGGAACCUGUGGCAGGCAGGCUCACACGUGACACCAAGUAGCAGUUUCUGCAGGGGUAGGAUUCCAUCUUCCUUCAAUGUUACACUAAGUCCACAACAUCCUCAUCAGUCCUCCUGAUGGAAUGGG